UGACUAACGCAAACGCAGUGGAUUCAUCAUCCGUUUCCAGUUCGAACCUCUCGCUUUCCGUCUCCUUUCUCGUAACAGCGCUCAACAUGGCAGCCCGUUCGAUUUCGAAGAAGCGGAAGUUUGUGGGAGACGGAGUCUUCAAAGCUGAGCUCAAUGAGUUUCUGACUCGUGAACUUGCAGAGGAUGGUUACUCUGGUGUUGAAGUACGUGUUACCCCUACGCGUACUGAAAUCAUCAUUAUGGCUACCCGCACGCAGAAUGUCCUUGGUGAAAAAGGACGUAGGAUAAGAGAAUUGACCUCUGUUGUUCAGAAGAGGUUCAACUUCAAAGAACACAGUGUAGAGUUGUACGCUGAGAAAGUAGCCACACGUGGACUCUGCGCUAUUGCACAGGCAGAAUCCUUGCGAUACAAACUAAUUGGAGGUCUUGCUGUUAGACGUGCUUGUUACGGUGUACUCCGUUUUAUUAUGGAAUCUGGCGCUAAGGGUUGCGAGGUAGUUGUCAGUGGCAAACUGCGUGGUCAGCGUGCUAAGUCGAUGAAGUUUGUUGAUGGACUUAUGAUUCACUCCGGAGAGCCAACCAAUGACUAUGUAGACACGGCAACACGCCACGUGCUACUCAGACAAGGGGUGCUGGGAAUUAAAGUGAAAAUCAUGUUGCCAUGGGAUCCAGUUGGCAAGACUGGUCCCAAGAAGCCACUCCCAGACAACGUUUCCGUUGUGGAACCAAAGGAGGAAACUCUUCCUGCUUAUCCAUCAUCCGAUGUUAAGGUGACCAAACCUGACGCUCCACCAGUAGCGCCAAUCUCUGUAUAAUUCCACGGAUCUUAAAAUUAAACGCCUUCAAAAGA